AUGUCCAAGAAUAUAACCUCCGCGUCUUCGUACGUAUCGAACGACUCAUCAACAGAAGAGAACAAAUACGCCAAAGACAUUGUAAUACCAGCAAAGCCCAAUGACUACGAGACACUUUUUCGAAAGUUGGAUAUCGAAGAAAAUGGGAGAAUCACCUUUCGUGACUUUACCAAAGCAAUGAGAAAACUAAAACACCCAAUAAGUCAAGAUUCCGAACUUAUGAAAGAAGUAUUCAACUCAUUCGAUGAAGAUCAAGACAAGGUCAUUGAUUUCAAUGAUUUCAAAAAGUAUUUGUCUACAACUGAUGACCAAAUAUUGAAAGGUUUCAACAAAAUUGACGAAGAUAAUGAUGGGAAAUUGAAAAAAGCCGAUUUUGUCAAGUACUUGAAAGACCACUUGAACCUUGAUGCUAGCCAAGUGAAUGUUGACCUUCUUUUUAAAAGAAUAGAUUACAAAAACGAUGGCUAUAUAACUUACGACGAAUUCAGGGAGUUUUUAAUAUUGAUGCCCCGUUUACAUGGUUCAAGAAUACGAACAGCAUAUACAUUCGUUGUGGAGAAUUUUGGAGUCAGUUCAGAUGGUGAUGUUACUUUAAUCAACCAAUUUCUCAAUGGAUUUGGGUUUUUCGUGGCAGGGGGGUUGGCAGGAGUCGUGUCACGAACAUGCACUGCUCCAUUUGACAGAAUCAAGGUGUUUUUAAUUGCCAGAACUGACUUAACCUCAACCAUUCUUCGUUCAAAAGAAGAAAUUGCCCAUCAGAUUGCCUCAGGGGCUCAACAGCACGUUAUUGAUCAGUUGCGUGCUAAAUUGGCCCACGCUGAAUUGGAAAAGCAUAUACAGCUGACUAAAGCCACAACUUUAAGAGAAAAGACCAUUCGAUCACCAAUCGUGCAGGCAGCUCGAACGUUGUGGUUGCAAGGUGGGUUCAAGGCAUUUUACGUGGGAAACGGAUUGAAUGUAUUAAAAGUAUUUCCAGAAUCAGCAAUGAAGUUUGGUUCCUUUGAAGCAGCAAAGAGAUUUUUUGCUCGUAUUGAAGGUGUUGACGAUGUGACACAAAUCUCUAAAGUUUCAACAUAUUUGGCCGGUGGAUUUGGGGGUGUUGUAUCUCAAUUUGCCGUCUACCCAGUAGAUACACUUAAAUUCAGAUUACAGUGUUCAAAAUUGGAUAGCUCACUACAAGGUAAUGCGUUGUUGGUCCAAACUGCCAAAGAUUUGUAUCGUGAAGGGGGUAUGCGCGUAUUCUAUCGUGGAAUAAUCGCUGGUGUCAGUGGUAUAUUCCCGUAUGCUGCUCUAGAUUUGGGUACUUUUCAAACGAUAAAGACAUGGUUAAUAAAAAGAGAAGCAAGAAGAUCAGGGUUGAGUGAGGAUGAAGUGAAGUUGCCCAACUAUAUUGUGUUGUCUUUGGGUGCAUUUUCAGGAUCAUUUGGGGCAACUGUCGUUUACCCUAUCAACUCUUUGAGAACAAGAUUACAAGCACAAGGAACUUAUGCUCAUCCAUAUACUUAUACCGGAUUCUUUGAUGUUUUCAAAAAGACAGUUGCAAGGGAAGGAUAUCCUGGGUUGUACAAGGGAUUGGUACCCAACUUGGCAAAAGUAGCCCCUGCUGUCUCAAUCUCAUACUUUGUAUAUGAGAAUUUGAAAAAUUUGUUUGGACUACAAAAUCAGGUCUAA